AAUGGCCGCAUGAAACUUGCUUUUUGGAUUAUGAGCUAUAGUUAAAGCUAAUAGGGUGAUGAAUUCGAAUACAAAUGAGGUAAUCAAAUAGAAAGAAGCACAAUUAUAUUUUUAAUUUCUUUUUAGAUAAACUAAUCAAACAAAAUCUAGCGAGUUACAGUGAAAGUGUACAUAUUAAAGUUUGACUUAAUAAACGUCAAAACUAUAUAAUCAAUUAAUUACCUCUUAAUUCUAUCACGUAAUCUAUAUCGCUUACAAUAUUAGGGAAUGUUUUUGUUACGUGAACCAUGCCCCUUAACAUAGCAAUAUACAUCCACCAAAAAAAAAAAAAAUUUAAAAAAUACUACUUGGGUCUUGGACUAAAAAAAACUACUUGUAAUACUUAGUUCCAAUAAAAAUAAAUAUAUUAAACAAAACACCCUUUUCGCUCUUAUUUUCUCCCUAUAUAAAUGGAUCUAAAAUCCUACAUUUUAGAAACACAACAAAAUCAAAAUCUUAGAGAGAGAAAGAGAUUGUAGAGAGAGAAAUUAAAAAUGGCGGACGUUAGAGUUGAGAGAAAAUCAUCAACCAAUAAUAAUAAUAAUGGAGGUGAAGGAGAAAUGAAGGAAAUUAGAAAAGUGAUAAUGGUUGUAUUAACGGUGGUAAUGUUGGGUUAUUUUGUGAUAUGGAUUGUUAUGCCUACUAAUCUUUACAGAAAUAAUUGGAGGAAUAAAAUGUCCGCAACCUUAACCUCGACUUAUUUUGGUACUCAAGGUACAUCGUUGUUGAUUUUCGUAUUUCCUGUUCUCUUCAUUGCGGUUCUAGGAUCCGUGUACCAUCAUUUGGGGAAGAAAUAUCUUGAUUAUCAAGUGCCAAGGAAAGACGGGAAAAGUAGUGGUAUUACAAGAUGGUUAGCAACGUGGAGAAGGCCAGUGCUUGUAAGAGGACCGUUAGGGAUAGUCUCAGGGGUAGAACUGUCAUUUCUGUUGAUGUUCAUCGCGUUUCUCGUUUGGUCCUUGACUGUGUACUUGCAUGUUGGUUAUUCUAAAAUCCAAGUCAAGGGAAGCCAAAGAUACUUGUACAAGUGGGAAGCAACGGUGUUUAGGCUAGGGCUAACGGGUAACAUAUGCUUAUCAUUGUUGUUCUACCCAGUGACUCGAGGAUCAUCCAUAUUACCCUUGUUAGGGUUAACCUCGGAAGGAAGCAUUAAAUAUCACAUUUGGCUAGGCCAUCUAACUAUGGCACUCUUCACUGCUCAUGGCCUAGGCUAUAUCCCUCUUUGGGCUAUUGCAGGGGAAAUCUCUCAGGCUUUGAAGUGGAGUAAAACAGAUGUAUCUAAUGUAGCAGGAGAACUAUCCUUGUUCUUUGGACUAAUCUUAUGGGCAGCAACAUACCCUCGAAUUCGAAGGAAGUUCUUUGAGGUCUUCUUCUACGCUCACUACCUCUACAUCCUCUUCGUCGUAUUCUUCUUCUUUCAUGUAGGCAUCGGCUAUUCUUAUUACAUGCUUCCUGGCUUCUACCUCUUCAUGAUUGAUCGUUACUUGCGAUACCUCCAAUCGAGCCAAUGUGUGCGAUUGCUAUCUGCUCGUGUCUUGUCUUGUGAAGCACUUGAGCUCAACUUCGCCAAAAGCAUGAGUUUGAGUUACAAUCCUACUAGCAUAAUGUUUGUCAAUGUACCAAGCAUUUCCAAGCUCCAAUGGCACCCUUUUACUGUUAGUUCUAGUAGUAACUUGGAGCAAGACAAAAUUAGUGUUGUAAUCAAGGUUGAAGGGAAAUGGUCUAGGAAGCUUUACGACAUUGUUUCUACUUCUUCCAUUGAUCGUCUUCAAGUCUCAGUUGAAGGACCUUAUGGACCUGCCUCUAACCAUUUUCUAAGGCACGAUACACUUGUGUUGGUGAGUGGAGGCAGCGGCAUAACACCAUUCAUCUCCAUUAUUCAGGAACUUCUCUUUAUAAGCACCACUAUGAAAUGCCAAACCCCAAAAAUCCUUCUUGUUUCCUCAUUCAAGAAAUCCUCUGGUCUUUCGAUGUUGAAUCUCCUCCUCCCGCUCUCUAGCACCACCUCGGAUCUUUCAAGCAUAGACCUACAGAUCAAGGCCUAUGUAACAAGAGAGAAAGUACAAAGCGAAGAUUACCUAAAGCAACCGCAAGCCAUUUGGUUCAAGCCAAAUGCAUCUGAUUCACCUAUUACUCCUAACUUAGGCAAGAAUGGUUGGCUUUGGCUUGGUGCUAUAAUCGCGUCAUCAUUCCUUGGAUUCCUCAUCUUCAUGGGGAUACUUACGCAAUACUACAUCUACCCUAUUGAUCAUAACACAAAUGACAUCUUCCCUUCAGCUGCAAGAACGAUCUUUACUGCAUUGAUACUCUGUGGGUGUAUGGUUGUGGCAGCCAGUGGUGCAUUCCUGUGGAACAAGAAAAGAAACGCCAUGGAAGCCAAGCAAAUUACGAACAUGGAAGGUAUAACGCCACAGGCAACACCAGAAUCACGGUUCUAUAACUCUGACAGAGAGCUUGAGAGCCUUCCUCAUCAGUCUAUCCUUGAGUCCACAGAAAUUCACUUUGGUGAAAGGCCUGAUCUCAAGAGAUUGCUGUUCGAUUGUAAGGACUCGAGCGUUGGAGUACUUGCUAGCGGUCCAGCAGGGCUGAGACACGAAGUUGCAGCCAUAUGUGGAUCUGGUUUGGUGGACAAUCUGCAUUUUGAAUCAAUCAGUUUUAGUUGGUAAGUCGCCAACCUCAACUCGGCUGCAACUGAAGAGCAACAACUUUUGAGUCUGGUUUACUUCUGGUGUGAUAGUGUGAUGCGCAACAUAUUUAACUUUGAAGCUAGAAGAAUCUGCAGUUCCAUUACAGUUUCUCCUCUUAGUUUAUAUGGCGUACCUCCGUUAUGUAGUUUCUGAAUCAAUACCAUAUAUACGGAUUGUUCUACUCCUGUACAAAUAUAAAUGGAAGAAUAAUGUAAACUUCCACCAUUUGAGUGUGAAUCCAACCUUCAUAACGUAGUUAAUGAAAACAAAGUUACAUUUGUCUUUUGCCUGUCA